AUGACAUCUAAUAUCCUACAGCUCCCGUUUCGGCGGUCUCACUCCGUUUCGUUGGCCGAUGCGAUUACGCAGUAUAUUUCGUCUAAAUAUGACCAACGCCCUGAUAUGUUCACAGACGAUCUGAUGAUCAUAGAUCGGCUACGAAGCGAAGCUAUCCAUGUUCAAGAGCCGCAUAUCAGUGGAAUUAGCCGACUGGUGACCUAUGCGGCCCAACUAAAAUGGCUCGGGGGAAAAUUUCCAAUUGAUGUGGGAGUGGACUUCUCAUGGUAUCCUUCGCUAGGGUUCAACACAGCGCAGCCAGUGACCCAGAACAAUCUGCGAUUCGAACUGGCCAACAUUCUCUUCAAUCUCGCGGCUCUGUAUUCUCAGCUUGCAUUUGCGCUCAAUCGAACCACCGCCGACGGCUUGAAGCAAGCCUGUAAUUAUCUUUGCCAAGCAGCUGGCGUCUUGGCUCACCUUCGAACCGAUAUCAUUCCCGAUCUUCGAUCGUCGCCACCUGAAGACAUGGAUGAGAUGACACUGCAAAGUCUGGAGCAGCUCCUACUUGCGCAGGGCCAGGAAUGUUUCUGGCAAAAAGCCGUGAAGGACGGUCUCAAAGAUGCGUCGAUCGCCCGGUUGGCAGCCAAGGUCUCUGAUUUUUACGCCGAUGCUGGUGACUUUGCUGUCAAGUCAAAUGCGAUCAGCACAGAGUGGAUUCAUCACAUGACUGCAAAGCACCAUCAUUUUGCCGCUGCAGCACAAUAUCGACAGUCGCUGGACUGUCUUGAGAAGCGCAAAUACGGAGAAGAGGUAGCACGACUACGCGACAGUCUGAACUGUGUGAACGAGGGGCUGAAGGAGUCCCGAUGGAUCAGCAAGACUGUGCUCGGUGAUCUCAAUGGGCUCAAAAGUCGUGUUGCGGAGGAUUUGAAGCGCGCGGAGAAAGACAACGAUAUCAUCUAUCUAAGUCCAGUCCCACCAAAAUCCGAGCUCAGGAGCCUGGACCGGGCUAGCAUGGUUGCACCCAAGGCACCGUCGCAGGUGACUGAUGCCAUUUCCAUGCUAGGCGACAAGGGCCCUCUGGGCCAGCCUUUGUUCUCCAAAUUGGUGCCCUACGCUGUGCAUAUUGCGGCCAGCAUUUACUCGGACCGCCGAGACCGGCUUAUUAAUGAGUCGCUUAUUGGGGAACUAGAGUCUAUGACGGACAAGCUGAGAGAUCUUCUUACCUCCUUGAACUUGCCCGGGUCAUUGCAAGCUUUGGAGAAGCCCCUGGGUCUACCAGGAACAGUCAUCUCUCACGCAGAGGAGAUGCGCCAACAAGACGGUUUGAAUCGCCUCAGACGCUCAGUGGAGGACACCGCGAAGGUUAAGAACAAUGACCGACUGAUAUACAAUGAAGGCGUUGAGCUACUAGCGGCUGAAAAGGCCGAGGAUGAUGCCGCCAGACGAAAGUAUGGCACUGAUCGUUGGGCUCGCGCGAAGUCUGAGGAAGCUGCGUCUAAACUCUACAACACCUCGAAAGAGAUCAGUGGCUACUUCAGCUCUGCCCAAAAUAGCGACGACCUUGUCGAGCGCAAGCUGCACGACUCCGAGGGUGUGCUCCGUGUUCUGACAGGAACGAAUCGGGAUCUUGAGUCCUAUGUUCCAAGCAGUCGCACUGCAUCGAUUCCCCCCGAGGUCGAACGGGAGGCGUCUAAAUUGAGAAGUUGCCUGAGCGACGUGAGUCGGAUGGAGAAUCGCCGCCGCAGGCGCAUCCAGGCUCUCAAGGACAAGGCCCGUGCGGACGAUAUUCAUCCCGCUUUGUUGAAGGAGACCGCUCGUCUUGAACGGGAAUUCCCCAUGCAGGCCAUCCAAGCCAGCCAAUUCGAGGAUUUGUUUGAAGAUCACCUGCGUCUCUAUGAUACGGACCACGAGAUGCUGGCACAGGAGAGGCAGGAGCAAGAGCAGAUCUCCCGGCAGGUGCGCGAGGCUAACCAAGCCUUCAAUCGUGCUCAUACUGGGGACGCCUCUACCCGGGAGCGCGAGAGCGCUCUGCAGGAACUGGAGAAUGGGUACUUGAAGUAUAAGGAGAUUAUUUCUAACCUGGAGGUUGGUCGCAAAUUCUACAAUGAUCUUGCCAAGAUCGUGAGCAGAUUUCGCGAUGAUGCAAAGGCCUUUGUGCAUCAGCGUCGCAUGGAGGCGAGUCAGUUGGAAGCCAUGCACGCGAAGGUCGCCGUGACCACUAACUCGGAUUCCAACUAUCGCAGGGACAUUUCGAACGUAGCCGCCAUGUCCUCCUUGCGUCUCACCCAACCCCAUCUACAUCAAGCAUCUCCCCAGACAGGUGGCACUCAUCACCAACCUUCUUCAGCCUCAUACUCAGGAUUAUCCACAGGCCAACCAGAGCCUCAUACUCAAGUGCACGCAUCCUCACAGGCACCUUCCCAACAUCAAAUCCCCAGCCCAUUGCCAGUGCAAAUGCACGCAUCGCGUUCCUCGGGAGCCACUGGCGCACCCAUGACCGCGCCACAGCCCGUACGGGCCGCGGUCCCUCCGCCCAGUGUCCCGACCCCCGGCAUGUGGUCGCCUGAAAUGGGGAUCCGGUUCGACUCGGCUGGUGUUCCUCCAGGUGCGAAUAGUGGACCCUCUGCGAUGCCAGGGAGAGGGCAGCCUGGGACGUGGGAUCCCAGCCAAGGGCUGAGAUUCUCAUGA